AUGGGCAAUUUGGUGUCUAAUGCCAGACCACGAGCUACCCUUGCUGGAAUCGACAGCUAUGUUGGCGAGUUGCCGGAUGUUUUAUACGAGAAAAGUCUAGGAAGUUCCAGAUUUCUCAAAACUAUUAGAUGUAGACAUCCAGAAGGUCUUGUGGUCGUUAAAAUAUUUAUCAAGCCAGAGCCUAGUCUUUCUCUCAAAAAAUAUGUCAAAACUCUUCAAUUGGAGCGAGAUGCUUUGCAAGAUAUUCCGAAUAUCUUACCAUACCAAAUUAUCAGCGAGUCUGAUCGUGCUGGAUACAUGAUCCGUCAGUAUAUUGCCAGCAAUCUGUAUGAUCGAAUCAGUAAUCGUCCAUUACUCACAGCUUUGGAAAAGAGAUGGAUCAUAUUUCAGAUUUUGUCUGGUGUAGCUGAAGCUCAUUCAAAACAGAUUUUUCAUGGAGAUAUCAAGACCGAAAACAUUUUUGUUACAAGCUGGAAUUGGGUUUAUGUUGCUGAUUUCAGCUCAUUCAAGCCGGCUUAUCUACCCGAGGAUAAUCCUGCCGAUUUUACAUUUUUUUUUGAUACAUCCAGUCGACGAGCAUGCUACUUGGCUCCUGAACGAUUCUACGAGUCUGGUGACCCUAUUGCCCAAGAUCAAAACGCAAGGUUGACAGCUGAAAUGGACAUAUUUUCAGUUGGUUGUACUAUUUCUGAGCUUAUCCUGGAUGGCACUCCAUUAUUUACAUUAUCACAGUUGUUGCAAUAUCGGAAAAAAGCAUACGACCCUAGUGUACUAUUAGAUACCAUUUCUGAUGUUCCGAUACGUGAAUUGGUAAAGCACAUGAUUCAAAUAGAUCCAAAUGAGCGAUUAUCCAUGCGCGAGUAUAUUUCAAAAUGGAGAAACCAAGCUUUUCCAGACUAUUUUUGUUCUUUUUUUCAUCCAUACCUUGCAUCACUAUCAGAUCCAUACUCAGCAUCCAAUAUGGCACAGUACUUUGUAUUUUUGGCAAAUAGUUCCAAUGCGAUAGUUGCAGAUGCAGACGCAAAAAUAGACAGAGUGUAUCAGGAUUUUGAACGUAUUGCAGAUGCACUGCAGAUUCCCAACCAUCACAAAUCGACUGAAUCUUUGAACAAUGUCUCGAAUCCUGCAGAUAAUAAGGAUACCGUUUUGGAAAAGUUUACAGAUAUAGGGUUGGAAGGGGAAACCAUAAAGUCACUUCUUCCUGUUCAUGUACACAUACCAAAUUUUACUUCAAACUCACUUUUUAUUGGAAAAAGUUCGCUUUCAGAAGAUACGAGUUUGAUUUUUAUUGCGAUUGUAUGUGCAGCAAUCCGAAAUACAUUGUAUUCUACUUCUCGACUAAGGGGACUCGAUCUAUUGCUAGCAUUGGGAAUACAAGUUUCCGAUGAGCACAAAUUAGACAGGGUCGUGCCAUACAUUUUCGUACUGUUGACGGAUGAAAACCCCACUGUUCGCAUUAAUGCAUUGACUACGUUGACACAACUGCUUCUCACUGUUAAAUCCAUUACUCCCUCAGAUGCUAAUAUAUUUCCAGAGUAUAUACUUCCAGGCCUUCGAAAGUUUGCUACAGAUUCAAACGUAUUGGCUCGUGCAGCAUACGCUCAAUGCAUAUCAUCAAUAGCUGAGAUUUCACUUCAGUUUUUAGAGCUCUCACAAAUACUAAAAACCGAAAGCAACUGUGAUUUGAAUAUGGACAGCAAUAUGUAUCAGAUGGGCUAUGAUGCCAAUCAGCGGUAUUUACAGGAUAUUAUCCAAGAAGACGUAGAAACGCUCUUGGUUGAUCCCCAGUCAAUCGUCAAGCGUUCUUUAUUGGCUGAGAUGCCUCGUCUGUGCAUUUUUUUUGGAAGACAAAAGGCCAAUGAUGUUUUAUUGUUACACAUGAUUACAUAUCUAAAUGAUCCAGAUUGGUCUUUAAGAAGUGCUUUUUAUGAAACUAUAGUUGGUGUCGGUACUUUUGUUGGAAUUCGUAGUCUUGAUGAGUAUAUUUUACCAUUAAUGGUGCAAGCUCUGACUGACUCGGAAGAGUUUGUUGUAGAAAAAGUACUUGGCUCGUUGACAUCUCUGGCUGAACUUGGUCUUAUAAGUAAGAUAAAAAUUAAAGAACUAUGUGUCACUGUGUUACCGCUGGUCUGCCACCCAAAUCGCUGGAUUCGCUAUGGUGUUGUCGCAUUUUUAUCAUCAACCGUUCGUAUUCUUCCGCCAAUUGAUAUUCGCUGUGUGCUUUAUCCUAUGGUCAAGCCGUUUUUGCGCUACAAAACAUUUAAUUUUAGUCAAAUUUCACUGCUGGAGAGUAUAAGGAGCCCACUUCCACGAAGUCUUUAUGAACAAGCUAUCUUAUUUGCGUCUCGAUCAAAUCCUGAAACGCGACCUACUGGUUUGAAUUCCAGCAAUCAAAACACAGACUCCCACAGCAAUGAUCGCAACGAAUUACUUGUCAGGCUUAAAGACAUGGGCAUGAGUGAUGAAGAUAAAGAGAAGCUAUUUGCGUUAAAGUACUUCAUUGCCAAAUCUACUGCCACUCGCCAACGAAAAACGACCUUGUCUAUGAACGCGCUGCCUUUGACGGACUUUGGACGCAUUGCUCUUAGAGAUUAUGACGUAACACUUCAUACUGUUUUUUUGACCCCUCCUAUUUCUCAAUAUCAGAUCCACAGUCAGCCGCCUCGCAAGCCAAGCUCUAAUACUGGGUCAGCCAUCGGUGUUGGGGAUGGGCGACGAGGAAGUCGUUUUAGUGUCAUCACUGCAGGAUCCAAUGCUCAAGACAGCACAUUUUCUGUAGAAUCGGAAGAUAUUGCAUCCUCUUUGGCAUCUGUAGAUGUCGAGGGAGGAGUGUCACUACGUAAAAUCAUUCCACGGCCUCGAUCAAACACUGGCUUGCCUGGAAAUCCAAGACGACAAUCCAAAACUAGUAGUAUUGGCAAUUAUGAUCUUACUGCAGACCCUACAACUAUCCCUGGAGGAGCAGAUAGAUUGUCGAAACGAAUUUCUGGCCGUGGAAAAAUUACUGAGAGUUUGACAUCUGCUACUGCUGCCGAUGGCCAAGAAAAGUAUAUUCGUAAAGUUCUUGAAAAAAAGACCAGAGAAUUAUUUCCUCCGUCACUACCAGAACUUGGCACUAGAGUAACACUUGCAAGUCGCACAGCUACUGUCGAUCCCCGCCUUAAACGAACUUAUACUGGUGCAGCCACACAGUCUGAAUUUAAAGGAUGGAAGCCAAAGGGUAUAUUGGUCGCUCAUUUUCCAGAACACACAUUACAAGUAAAUGGCAUUGCUGUUGCUCCAGACCAUAAUUUUUUUGCAACGUGUUCAGAUGAUGGAACUGUCAAACUAUGGGACACCAAUCGACUACAUACAAAUGUUGCCAACCGUGCUCGUGUUACCUAUGCUGGAACAGGUGGUAGAGUCAAGGCAAUUUCAUUUUGUGAAAAUCGACAUAGUAUUGUAUCUGCUGCUACAAAUGGUCAGAUUCAUAUCAACAGGGUUGAAUAUGUUAAACCGCAAGGUAGUGCUUUAAAGUAUACUGGAAUGCCACUUGCCAGGUCGAUUAAAUUGGAUCAUGAGUAUGCAACCAUGGUCGAUCAUUCUGAAUCAGAUACGGAGUCCUUGCUUAUUUAUGGCACAACACGCGGUCGUCUUUGCGCACUCGAUUUACGUACCAUGAAAGAAGCGUGGUCAUUCCAAAUUCCACCACACUAUGGAGUAUUGACAUCCAUGACUGUUGAUCCACGUAGGAUGUGGAUCAUGGCUGGUACGCAUCGCGGCGUUCUCACUUUGUGGGACACUCGAUUCCAACUGUGUAUAAAUUCCUGGGCUCAUCCUUCUCGCUCACGCAUUAAUAAGCUUUCCCAAUAUGCCUUUCGUAGUCAAAGCCGCGCAGGCAUAAACUCUAAUGGGAAGUUGGUUGCUAUGGCUGUCGGUACAUCGACUGAAGAAGUGUCUGUGUGGAAUAUAAGCACUGGUGAAUGUGCCGAAGUGUUUUGUAUUCUUAAUGAUGUUGGCGGAUCUGGAUCUCGUUCCAAUAUUGACAUGGGAAAUGAUUUGAAUCGAGCUUACGGCGAAGGAUUAAGUGCACUUUCACCACCUACAAAACACAAUUUUGUUGAUGACUCUGCAUCGCUCUCACUUUACAAUGUCUCUAAACAUCAUGGUGUUCGAUCAUUUUGUGUUCAUCCUGAAGUACCAUUCAUGGCUACUGUUGGAAUGGGUCGCAAACUUAGAUUUUGGAAUCUUUCUAAAAUGACCGACAGCUUUGUUGUUUGUGGACGGGAUGAAACUGCACCGUUACCCAAGUACAGUUCACAACUGUAUGGUGAUACUGUUUUCAAUGUCGAAAUGCAAUCUCAACACUUUUUUCCAAUCUCCUCUGCUUCAGCCACGGAUCUGUCAAAAUCUCCAGUAAUGAGCGGGACAUGGUCUCCGCUGCGCAAUCUCCCCGGUAUGAACAGUGAAGAUGAAUCUCAGUCAAAGGGUCGAAAUCAUCAAGGCGGAAGCAAUGCGAAGCGAUCAUCACGACAGGCCGAACCUAUGUUCAAAACAAGUGCUGAGCUUAUCACCAGUGCAAUUCCCCGAACUCACCUUGAUGAAAUCAUGGAUGUUGCCGUCACUCAGUAUCCUCAUCCAAUGAUCAUUACUGGUGGUAGAGACGGUGUGGUUAAAGUAUGGCAAUAACUUCCCAUUAUCACACGCAUCUAUUUGUAAAAGUAAGUUCAAGACAAGAUGUCUUCCUGCAAGCACUUUUCACCCGUUCAAGUGUAAAGUGAUAUAUAAACUAUUUUAUUUCUGGAUCAAAUACCACCAAAUUGAGUGAAUAAAAUUUGAAUCAAGCAUCUUUAUUUUUAGU